AAAACUUAAUAACACGGCGGCCAUUUUGUAAAUGUUGCUCUGGGGCCAUGGCGGAGAUGGAUGACGGCGAUGAGCCGGGUUUAGUGCACACACAUAGCGGUUUAUCGUCUUCAUCCAAGUCGGGGGGAGAUAAAAUGUUUUCUCUUAAGAAGUGGAAUGCGGUGGCAAUGUGGAGCUGGGAUGUCGAGUGUGAUACUUGCGCCAUUUGUAGGGUGCAGGUAAUGGAUGCCUGUUUAAGAUGUCAGGCGGAAAACAAACAGGAGGACUGUGUUGUUGUAUGGGGAGAGUGCAACCACUCCUUCCAUAACUGCUGCAUGUCUCUGUGGGUGAAGCAGAACAACCGAUGUCCACUAUGCCAACAAGACUGGGUUGUGCAGAGGAUUGGCAAGUGAAGAUGUCGUGUCAUAGCCACCAUGUUCAUCCUCUCUGACCCUGUCUGGCUCUAGGAUACACAGGACUUAAUCUUCAGCUGUGCAAAACAACUCCUGUGUGUAUGUUUGAGACUGUAAAAUGGAGUGUUUAGACUUCACCAGAACAACAGCUGAUGCCUGCUGCUUGUACUCUGCCUGUCAGUCCUACAGUAAAAUACAUAAGACUGAAGCACUACAUUGUCACUGCAGCGUCUGAAAGGUUGAGUGAAUGUGAGCUUAAAUUAUGUUGUAAUAAAAAGUGAAAUAUUAAA